UGGAUUUCAGCACGCGAGUGAAUCGAUUUCCCAAGGUUACUUAAGCGUGUCUCACUAUGCUUAGUUUCGAGGAUGUGCGUGUGUUUACAGCAACUCAGUCUCUAGGAUCCAAACGACUAACAUUCGGUCCACACCACCUCACAUUUCAGUUGCGCGAUUCCGACGUUAUGAUUAUGUACAGAGCAAUUGACGGGUUUCGCUUGUGCGAAUCACCUACUGAACGUCGAUUCACACCAUCCGUACUAACUGGAUAUACGAUUGUUUUGUAUACAAAAGAUUUUCAUAUUUAUGAAUUAACUGUUAACAGUCUUUCCGUUGCUCGUUCUCUUGAACAGUCAUUAGAGGGAGUAUCCUCAAUUGAUGACGUAACAUUGCUUUACCCAUUCUCUUAUAAAUCCAACCAAUUAUCACUUUUACCCGCAAUAAAAACCAGUGAUUGGCCUAAUAAUAUCAACGAGAUCUUGUCUGGUGGGAGUUGGCGUAGAAGCCAAUUAAAUGAGAAUUAUUUAUUGUGCAAUUCUUAUCCGAAAACAUUUGUUGUACCUGUUAAAUGUGAUGAUCAAAUGAUUAAAGAAAGUAGCCUAUUUCGUCAUGGUGGUCGUUUUCCUUUACUGGUAUACUAUCAUAAGCCAAGACAAACUACUUUAUUAAUAACUGCUGAACCAUUAAUUAAUCAAUCCACAAUUACUAACAAUCAAAAUACUACAACUUUAUUAUCAUCGUCUAAUUCUAGUUUAACUUCAUCAACAAAAUCGAAUAAUCUAAUUAUUAAUUCAUCUUCGAAAAAUUCUAUAUCACCAUUUAGUUCAACAUUCAAUACUGGUCGAUGUCGUUCAGAUGAACAAUUACUUACUUGUAUAUUACCAGAUAAAUGUAGAGGUGUUAUACUGGAUUUAAGAACACAGAAUGAAACAAAAAAACCUCAAGCAACAAGUGGUCUUGUUGAAUUUGAACAAUAUUAUCCACAAUGGAGACGAGUUUGUAGACCGUUAGAAUCUACGGGUAACUUGAUUGUCACUUUCAGGAAAUUCAUUUAUGCUUGUACAUCAUAUGGUCGUGUAACUCGAUCUUCAAGCAACACAACAUUUGGUGCACUUCAAUCCGGAAUUAGUGAUUCUAUUGGAAUGUUGUCCAGUGCUGCAUUGAAUCCAGUAGGAAGUUUUGGAUCACGUAACUCCACGGCUGCAUCGAUCCCAUGUGACAAUUCAGUCAAUUCAUUUAAUGAUAUCACUGUUCGUGAACAAAUAAAUACAUCGAGUAAAAAUGAAUUGAUCUCGAAUUUCGCUCAAUUAGAUAUUCAGUCUACUAAUUCAACUACUGAAUCUGAUUUAAGUAGUAAUAAUAAUAUAAAGAAAUCAAAAAAACUUUCAGCUUGGUUAUCAUUAGUUCGUGAAGCGUUAGCAGCUGCUGUUGCUGGAGCAACAGCUUUGGACGCUUUGGAUGCAUUCGCUCAACAACAACUUCAACAAGAACAAUGUUUGUUAGCUGAAAAACAGAGAAGAGCAUCAAAGGAGCAAAGUUUCGAAGAGGCAAAAUUACGUGGAUCAUGUGUAUUAGUGCAAAGUCGAAAAGGAACUGAUCGAGCUAUUCUCGUGGCUAGUUUGAUUCAAAUCAUAUUAAAUCCUGAGUCUAGAACUAUACAGGGAUUUCAAGAACUUAUCGACCAUACAUGGUUAAACGCCGGACAUCCAUUUGCAGAUCGUUGUCAAAAUUCCGCUUUCUCUCUUAAACCACCAAAAGAUGAGAGUCCAGUGUUUAUUCUAUUUUUGGAUUGUGUUUGGCAAUUACUUCGUCAAUAUCCGAAUUCAUUUGAAUUCACUGAUGAACUGCUUUGUAUUAUUGCAAAACAUGCUUAUUUCUCUGAAUAUGGUACAUUUUUGGGCAAUUCUUCACAAGAAAGAGAACAAUUGGAUAUUUCAUCUAGAACAUUUUCUCUAUGGUCAUACAUCAAUCAACCAUUUGUGACUAGUCGUUUACAGAAUCCAUUUUAUUCUGGUCAAAAAAAUGAUGAUAAUUCUCAAUCAACAACCAUAAUUGAUGGGAGUUAUGCAUGUUGGCCUUGUUUAUCUGCACAAGCAUUAGAUAUCUGGGAAGAACUAUAUCAGCAUCAAUUAGUUGGUAUUAAUCCUAGUCUAUGGAAUUUGCCUCGGGUUAUGGCACGUGUAAUUAAGGACAAAUUUGAAGCGGAACGGAAUAGAACUAUUCAAUUACGCAAGUAAUUUAUUUGUUUAUCUACUGUUGUGAAAACUAAUAAAUAGUUCGAUCUUAUCAUUCUAGACUUGGAUACUGAACGUCAAACAGGUUCGAAUGUUACAGGGUAGUGUCAGUUCCUUCAUGAUUGUAGAUGCAUUUAUAUCCACAGUUUAACACUAACUAUCUCGAAUACAUAUAUAUUCUGGAACACUACUGAUUGAGUCAGAGCUUUAUGGCAAACUAUCACUGGAACUUAUAACUUCAAGUAGUGUUCAUCAGAGCUGUCAGCUUUCCACAUUUUUAACUAACUUUGAUCAUAGACAUGGUUUUAGAGAUAAAAUGUCGAAAUGGAUGCAUUAGCUCUUUGUUUUCCCUUAGAUCCUAAUUUUAUAAGUCACUUUAUAAAUUCUUCUUCAUCACGCCCAUCUAUAUUUUCUUCUCAAAUUGUAUUUUCAAUGCCUAGUCUUUUCUAUUAUGACUAAUACUGUUACCACAUCUGCUGCUCUUUAAUUCGCCCUGACAAUUUCAUCUCAUCGUGCUAAUGGACGUGGUAACAUUAACGGAUGUGUGUGUCCCACGUUCUACGUUUUGUGCGAUUAACUAACUGAACUGCGCCUGGAGCUUUUCUCAGGUUACUGCUGGUCCUUAGCCCAUGUGAAAAAGGGUAGGUUAGGUAUGAGGUUAGCAACGUUAUCUCAUAAAAGAGAACUUCGCUGAAAAGUGUCAACCAGGAAAAAUCAUUCAAAGCUUUUGAACUCUAUCCCUAAGAGUUGAAAGAUCAUUUUAAAAAGUUAUGACAAUUCCUGGUGAAAGUCGAGAUUCUUUGGGAUUUAUGGUGUUGAUGCCCUUUCUGACAACCAGAGGAAUAAUAUGGAAUGUCCGGACAAUGUAGAAGGUUAGCAGCACUACUCGUGGUUUGGUCAAAGUACAUCGUGUUGUACACUUUGUAAUCAAUGAUUUCCGUUACAUUUUCAUUAAAAUUGUCGACCGUAAAUGUAUUUUUAUUUCAACAACACAAAACUAUCCCUUUUUAGGACAUAAGCAUAUAACCAUCAAUUCUAGUAUCGUUGUACUUGGCAUUGUAUGACUGAACUGGCUCAUAUUACCUUUACCCUUACGAAAAAUGUUAUUCCUAUGACAGGUAUAUAUAUAUAUAUAUAUCCGAAUUAGAAAACUAUUGAAAACAUUGAAGCACCAAACGACUGUUUCCUCUUAAUAUGGGACUUUUCAUCAAUGACCAUCUGCGGCACGACGAUUGAAAGUCGAAUCCAGGACCUUCAACCUCUCAUGAAAACUCUUAACCUCUAGACCACUGGGUAGAGAUCCAUUCGUGUGCAAGUAUGACUUCAAUCAAUUCACCAUUUUGUGCAAUUCUCUUCCAUUGUGUCAGAUGGGUACUUUUCUCACAAGUUAGACUUGUGCAACAUUGGAUUACCAGCUCAGCGGUCGAGAUGUUAAGCGUUGCUUGUAAUAUUUUACGUAAUGCGUGUACUGUGUUAACCAGCUGUUUAUAGUUUGAUGUGUUUUUACAUUCAUUUGUGUUUCUGAAUUUUAGUUUUGUGUGAUUAAUAAUAUUUGUGGCGUCAAAUGCGAUUAAUUGAUCUAAACCUUGUACUUAUCGACGUUCGUAAGCAAGGUGUAUAUUUACAAAUUGUGAUAGGUUGGCACAACAUGAGAGUCAGUAAAUUCCCUCACGAUCACCAAUACAAUUUACUUAUAAGUUUCAGAGCUUUCUAGAGACUACCCCUAGUCAUACAAAUCAAAACAUUGAGCUCAAGAGUUAACACAAUGAAUAAAUGAAACACAAAGUGCUCUUUAACUGAUCUAACACUUAUGCCUGGAGUUUGUGCUGAUAUGAUGUCGUUCAGAAGAACGAUGAAAGCACGACCGAACCAUCCAGCUCAGAGAACAAAACUCCAUCUAACACUUCUCUCCUAACGAUCGUUGAUCCUUAAGCUUAACUAUUGAAAAAAAAACAAAGGCAAGCUACGCUUUAUUCCUGUGUUUACUGGCGAAUUCGAAGAGAAAAUGCAUAGUAAGUAUCUAAAUUUUGUUUGAUGUUUUCACAUAAAUCAGCCAUUUAAAACGCUACAUUCACACAUGACUCACGAAUUCAGAAAAUCAGUUUUUGACUACUCCAGUUAGACUUCUCGAUUAACAAUCCCUUCCUCAAUAUAUACAUAUAUCGUAUAUGUUCAAAGAAAUACUUUCUUCAUAGUGUAAUUCACGAGUCUAUCUUAACUAGACAACCAUCGGAAAACCUGGAAGCCUUGAACUGUUAUUGCGUCCUAAUAUGAAGAUCCUCAUCAGUGCACAUCUAUGAUCCCACAUGUGGGACUCGGACCCACGACCUUCGGUCACAUGCGCACUACCAAGUAGUCCUAUACUAGGACGAAACACCUAUCCAAUGUUUCCAUGUUUUCAAUAGUUGUCUACUUUAGAUCGACUUAUGAAUUCAACUAUGAAAAUCCUACUAUCUCCUCCACAAAUCUCCUUAUACUGAAAUUGUUUUUUUCUUGUUUUAUUUUUGCACAAUAUAGAACACUUGAUCAACUUAUGAAUGAAGCUAUCAAUGCAGGUAUUCUUCAUGUAAAUGAAUAAACUUAUUUUUUUUGAUAACUUGUUCAACUUCAUACUUAAUUUGUUUACUAUGUAAUAUAAUUUAUUAAUAUUUUCUAUACUAUUUAUGUAUAAAUAAGUAGUAUGAAUAUGUUGUAAAUGACUGUUGAAUAAUCUCUUCAUGAUUUAUUUUGUUUUAAAUCACUAUAUUAAUCUUUCAAACAAUAAACUAUUGAACAAAUGAGUUGCUAUGGUGUUCAUUUAAUAUAAUGACCAUGAUAUUGUA